GACAGACAGACAGACAGACAGACGGACAGACAGGGGGACAGAUAUGGUCACUCACAAAGAUCAUGGAAGAACAGAGUUCAGAGCUGGAGAUUGUGUCUCUCUAUCAUGUGAUGGGGCUCCGAGUAACUGUUCCAGUAUUAUCUGGCUGUUCAGUUACAAGAGUGGUCCAGCUGAUUCAUUGUUUGAAGGAGGGAAGUUUAAGUCUGAAGGCAACAAAGGAAGACUACAUGUUACAAAGGAGUGUUCUCUGGAGGUGAAGACUCAGAGAGAGGAAGAUGAAGGUCAAUACACCUGCAGAUCCUUUCCAUCAUCAGGACUACAGUUUGAUCAUGCAUCGCAUCAACUAGAGCUAAUGACAAGCACAAACAGACCAACCACAACCACAGUGAAAGCAAACACAAGCACAUCCAAACCAACCACUACACCAGUGAAAGGAGCAGCCAGCAGCAGCCCAGCAGCAAGGCCCUCAACAUCAACACCAACCACACACACACUGAACGGAGCAGCCGGCAGCAGCACAACAUCAUGGCCCCCAACAACACCAACACCACAUACACCCAACGCUCCUACAGCGGGGGUCCUGCUGCGGGUCCUGGUGCUGCUGGGCUUCUCCGUCCUGACCCUGGUGGUUCUGCUCAGCCUCAUUGGCUGGUGGAGAACCAGAGGUACCAAGGCGGAAACAGAAGAGUGCAUUGGUCUGAACUCUGCCAGCGACGCCCCGCCAGCCAGAGAACGCCUCGGCUCAGGGGCCAGUGACCAGCAGCAGCACACUGUGGAGAUGGACCUGGACUGGGCUCCCAGGGGCCCCUCUGUGGUCCAGCGUGGUGGGCAGAGGGCAGUAGGCUCAGCACAGGACCAAGAGGAUCCUGGUGAACUUAGCGAUGCGGCUACCUAUGAAAACCUGAGGGCCCCUCCCAGAUGUGUUGGGGACACUGCGGACACGGGCGUCCAUUUUGUCACCGUCCACCAACUGUCAAAAUGA